GAACAACACAAACACCUUCCCCACAUGAAACCUGGCUCUGACCACACCCCUGCUCUCCUCCUUCUGCACCACUCAACAUGAAGCCUGGGUGAGAUCCAGCUGUAGAACCAGGUAGAGUGGUCUGGUUCACUAAGAACUGAGGUGAGCUGUGAAUUAUGUGGUGUCAUUUGUGGGGAGCCAUAUGCAUCUCUUCUAGUUUGAUUAGGACAGAUGCAAUACUUGCUUCAUCAGGGUCAGUGAAAGAGGGCAAGGAAUGUAUUACCCCUGAUGGGGUGGGGCAUGUGUGUAAAAUCACUGUCAGUCUUGAACCUUCAGAAUUUCCAUGUCUGAGAACUUUAGCCAGAGGGGCCAUGACAGCAUGGGAAGUGAUAUUCCUGGAGACCCAGAGCUUUCUAGAAGCCUGUUAAGAGUGUAGACCAGGAGGCUGAACUCUCGAAGGCACGUUAUUCCAACCUGGAUCAUUUAGGGUCUCGGAUAGUUAAGAUUUGGAAGGAAGAGGCCAGCCUCACCUCCGAAUUCUCUCUCAGCCAUCUGGGCUGGAUGUGGUGCUCCAAGGUUGUUUUAUCCUCUCCACUCUGGAUUCUGUCCUGCCUUCCUCUAAACCCUCUGAACCUUGGCUGGACUCAGUUCCCAGCUAACCUAUUUCUCCUUGUGUUUGAAUUCUUAUCUCAGUGAAUGGUACCACCAAUUGUUCAGCUGUCCAAGCUUAGUGAGUUUUGUUUCCUCUCUCACCCUCACAGCCAGCCUAGUUACCAAUUCUUGUUGAUUUUGCCUGUGGACUUUUUCUGAGACUCUUCCCCUCAUCACCAAGCUUAGGAGCAUGGCCUGAGCUUAGGGCACCCUGACUCUCCAAUCCAGCCUGACCCUAUUGCCAGAGAGGUCUUUGUAAUAGUGGUACUGAUGUCACACCUGCAUCAAAAUGGCCUUUCUGAUGCCCCAAACUCUUCAGCAUGGGAUACAAUGAUCUUCACAACCUGGCACCCACUUAUUGUAAUCUAUUCUUCCAGCAUGCCAGUUUACAAGACUUUUCCUAAACAUCCUGUGUGUACAUGUUACUGUAUCUUUGUGGGUCUUCCAACCCAAGUUGGUAAGUUGUCAUUUAUCCUUCAGGAGCUGGAGCGAAUGUGGCCUCUGUAAUUUGGAAUUCAUUGUUCCAUCCCUUGGGUUCCCUUUGAGCUCUGUAUAAGUGUCUUCCCACCUAGACUGUGAACUUCUUGAUGGUACCUAUCCCUGUACUUACCAUGGUGCUCAAGGUCAACAGACAUUCAACAAAUAAUUCUUGCAUUAGAUAAGCCAGUGUUUACAGUUUGUACUUCCUUUGGUACCUAUGUACUGUCUUGCAGUCUUUUCAUGUAUAUGAGGUGUGACCAAGCCCCGAUGUGACUCAUUAUUUAAUGAGCGUACCAGAAUUUAUGUAACCAAAUAAGAGCUGCUUCCUUCAAGGUCUUCACCUUAUGAGACUGGAUACUUCGUCCAGUGAUGCUGUCGUUGCUCAAAACACCUUUGAGCACCUCUUUUGGAGACAACUUUGGCAUUUGUAGCACUUUCCUUUCAAUCUCUGUGGAGUUUCUGUUUGGUAAAGGAGAUAAGAUGUGGCCAACCACUGCAAUACAAGGUGAAGUGAUAACGCUUUCUGGAGGUUGGAUCUGAUUUUUGGAAAAAGCCAAAAGUCCUUUGGUUUCAGCCUACCGACAAGGUGAGAGGGGUAUGUGGUAACACGCUGCUUUAAGCCAACGUACUCUCCACACUUCCAGCGUUUCCAGCACAGCUCGCCCCGGGAACAAGAGGCUAAACUCUCCCGCAGGUUCAUGUUCCUCUCAAACCCGGACUCCCACUCCCGUGUCGAUGAUCUUCUACAAACGGAGUCUGGCCAGCUAAAGCGAAGCUCUUUAGCUGGGCAGGUGCCGGAUCUUAUUUUCAUUUUUGUUUUCACAGCAUCUGGGGGACACGGCACAGGCCGGGAUAAAUACUCCUCGAGUUCCUGAGCUCUCAAGGUGUCUCCCUGAGCCACAUGGACUUCAAUGGAGGCUUCCUCCUUGCAAACUCCAGGCCAGGGGGCGGGCAGGGCCCGAGCUCCCGGAUCCAGGCUCCCGGCUCCCGCCGCCCGCGGCUGCGUCCCCCAAGUCCAACGGGCGCUCCUCCAAGCGGAGCCUUGGAGGGCAAGGCCGGCACCAUUACCUCCAACGAGUGGAGCCCUCCUAACUCCCCUGAGGGGAGCAACGUCUCUGGGGGCAGCCAGGCGUUGGACAAGCCCAUUGACAAUGACGCAGAGGGUGUGUGGAGCCCGGACAUCGAGCAGAGCUUCCAGGAGGCCCUGGCCAUCUACCCGCCUUGUGGCCGGCGCAAGAUCAUCCUGUCAGAUGAGGGCAAGAUGUACGGUCGGAAUGAGCUGAUUGCCCGCUACAUCAAGCUCCGGACAGGGAAGACCCGCACCAGGAAGCAGGUCUCCAGCCACAUCCAGGUGCUGGCUCGUCGAAAAGCCCGCGAGAUCCAGGCCAAGUUAAAGGACCAGGCAGCUAAGGACAAGGCCCUGCAGAGCAUGGCGCCCAUGUCACCCGCCCAGGCCAUCUCCGCCACAGCCUUCCACAGUAAAAUGGCCCUCGCCCGGGGCCCAGGCCACCCAGCAGUCUCAGGGUUUUGGCAAGGAGCUUUGCCGGGCCAAGCCGGAACAUCCCAUGAUGUGAAACCUUUCUCUCAACAAACCUACACUGUCCAGCCUUCACUGCCUCUGCCAGGGUUUGAGUCUCCUGCAGGACCCACCCCGUCGCCCUCAGCGCCCCCAGCACCCCCGUGGCAGGGCCGCAGUGUGGCCAGCUCCAAGCUCUGGAUGUUGGAGUUCUCUGCCUUCCUGGAGCAGCAGCAGGACCCUGAUACGUACAACAAGCACCUGUUCGUGCACAUUGGCCAGUCCAGCCCAAGCUACAGUGACCCCUACCUCGAAGCUGUGGACAUCCGCCAGAUCUAUGACAAAUUCCCAGAGAAGAAGGGAGGACUCAAGGAACUCUUUGAACGGGGACCUUCUAAUGCCUUUUUUCUGGUGAAAUUCUGGGCAGACCUCAACACCAAUAUUGAGGAUGAAGGCAGCUCCUUCUAUGGGGUGUCCAGCCAGUACGAGAGUCCGGAGAACAUGAUAAUCACUUGUUCCACCAAGGUCUGCUCUUUCGGCAAGCAGGUGGUAGAGAAGGUGGAGACAGAGUAUGCCCGCUAUGAGAAUGGCCACUACUCAUACCGCAUUCAUCGGUCCCCACUCUGCGAGUACAUGAUCAAUUUCAUCCAUAAGCUGAAGCACCUGCCCGAGAAGUACAUGAUGAACAGCGUGCUGGAGAACUUCACCAUCCUGCAGGUGGUCACCAACAGAGACACGCAGGAGACGUUGCUGUGCAUUGCAUAUGUCUUUGAGGUGUCAGCCAGUGAGCACGGGGCUCAGCACCAUAUCUACCGGCUGGUGAAAGAAUAAGAGACUCAGGGAGCAGGGAGGGGGGAAGAGAUGUCAUGUGUGCAGGGACAUGGGGAGGGAAUCUGCAGGGGCAGCCUCUGAAAUGCCAGGAGAGCUGGGAGGUCAUGACUCUUCCUAUCCAGCAACAACCUGCAGCGCCCAACCCCAAAUAAACCCAAGAUGGUGUGUAUUUUCAGAGGAC